AUGAUAGAUUACAGGCAAGUGAACGAUAAAAAGGACCAAGAGAAGGCACUGAAACAACAACUAGAGAAAUGGAGUCUAAUUGAGGAGAGUGCCGUGAGACAAAAGUCAAGGGUGCAAUGGUUAAAUCUAGGAGAUGCAAACACAAGUUAUUUCUUUGCUUACAUGAAGAAUAGGCUGGCACAAAAUACUAUAACUAAUCUUACAACUGCUGCAGGUAUCAAUGUGUAUUCUCAAGAAGAAAUUGAAACGGACGCUAUUACAUUUUAUCAGGAACUGCUUGGUCAGAAUGCAUAUAGGUUGCCUAGUGUGGAUAAGCAAAUAAUGAAGGAAGAUGGGAAGUUGAAUAGAGAACAACAAUUGAAGUUAGAAGCUCCAGUUACAAAAGAGGAGGUGGAAUCUGCUUUGCAGGGAAUUAAUGAUCUAAAAGCACUAGGGAAGGAUGGACUCAAUGCUGUUUUUUUCAAGAAAGCUUGGCCAGUGGUAGGAGAGGAGGUAAUUAAUGCUAUCCUAGAAUUCUUUAAUACAGGGGAAAUGUACCAGGCAAUCAAUUGUACAAAUAUAACUUUCAUUCCUAAGGUGCAGAAUCCAACCAGAAUUAGUGAAUAUAGGCCUAUAUCAUGUUGCUCAACAUUAUACAAAAUCAUAGCUAAAGUCAUCACUGCAAGGUUAAAACCUGUUAUGGAAACACUAGUGGAUCCAAACCAGUCAGCUUUUGUACCAGGGAGGGCUUUGAAUGAUAAUGUGAUAUUGAGUCAUGAAUUGAUUAAAGGGUAUGGUAGACAAGGAAUUUCAAGGAGAUGUAUGGUGAAAGUAGAUAUGAGGAAAGCAUAUGAUUCCUUGGAAUGGUCAUUCUUGGAACAGAUUCUGGAGGAGCUUCAAAUGCCAGCCAAAGUCAUUCAAGGUGAUAUCAAAUCAGUGAAAUGUAUUAGAAAUUGUUUUAUGAUGUUCUCUAAAGCUUCAGGUCUGGUUGCAAAUGAAGAAAAGGGUAGUGUCUAUUUUGGAGGAGUUAAUAAACAACAACAAGAGGAGAUUCUGCAGGAGCUACAAUAUGUGAAAGGUGAACUACCUUUUAGGUACCUUGGAGUGCCCUUAAGUACUAAAAGGAUUUCCAUUGUACAACGUAAACCUUUUCUGGACAGGAUGUUAAGCAGGAUUACAAGUUGGACAACAAAGUUUCUAUCAUAUGCAGGUCGAGCUCAACUUAUCAAAAGUGUGUUGUAUGCAAUACAAAUGUUUUGGGCUCAGAUAUUUGCUCUUCCAAAGAAAGUGAUACAAACAGUGGAAAAUAUAUGCAGAAAAUUUUUAUGGACAGGAAGCAUUGAGACUUCAAAGAAAGCAUUAGUGGCAUGGGACAAGAUGUGUUGGCCAAAAGCAAGUGGAGGAUUGAAUUUCCUUGAUAUAUAUACAUGGAAUAAAGCAGCAGUUGGCAAGUUAUUGUGGAAUUUAUGCAAGAAAAAGGAUAAACUAUGGGUUAUAUGGAUACAUAGUUACUAUGGGAAAAAAGGUAUAUGGAAUAUCCAAGCUCAACAAGCUUCUUGGGUGGUACAGAAGAUAUUAAAGGCUGCAAAAUAUUUACAAGAGGUAGGAUUUACUGAGGAGGAUAUGAACAAUAUGAAACAGUACAACAUAAGUAAAGUGUAUUGGCAGAUGAGAGGUAUAAAGGAGAAGGUAGAAUGGAGAUCACUAAUGUGGACAAAUUUUGGUGCCCCUAAGUGGUUGUUCAUCAUGUAUUUGGCAGUGAAAAGAAGACUUGCAACCAAAGAUAGAUUGGCAAAGUGGGGAAUCAUUCAAGUACUAACCUGUCCCCUAUGCCAAUCAGUAGAUGAAGAUCAUGAUCACAUAUUUUUUCUAUGUGCAUAUGCAACAGAGGUGUGGAAGAGUAUACUACAUUGGCAGGGAAUAACAAGAAAUGCAAUGAACUGGACCAGUGAGAUAAAUUGGGCAGUGCACUACAUGAAAGGGAGAAGCAGCAAGUCCCUUGUGUAUAGAAUGGCAAUGCAAACACAAUUUAUCAUUUAUGGCUAG